GUAAUAGAUCAACACUCGUGGAGUUCGCUUCGUUUCCACAGAAGAUACUUUUUCUUGCUGUGGGUUGCAUUGUGUUAUCUGUAGUAUAGUUACCUUAAAAGCCUGUUGCCGAGCCGUUGAAGGGGAAAAACGAUAAAUCUCAGCAUGGGGGUGGCUGAAGAUUUCGCUCCCAGCUUUGUAAAGAAGCCACAGCUGCAUCAAGAAGAUGACGGUAAUCGGUUGAUAUUUGAAUGUCAGCUGCUGUCGUCCCCGAAGCCGGAUAUAGAGUGGUUUCGAAGUGAUAGUAAACUAACAGAGGAUGUCAGAACUAAAUUUAAAGUUCAGCCCAUCGGUGAUAACAAAUUUACGGUAGUAUUAGAGCUUGACGAUGUUGUUGAAACAGAUGCUGGACUUUACAAAGUAAAAGCCAAAAACAAAUCGGGCGAGGUCUCUGCAUCAAUCAAUUUGAAUUUCACACCUGCUGACGAACCAAAAGAAAAACAAAUCGACGGUUUCGCGCCGACAUUCGCGAAAAAACCUGCCAUACGACAAGAAGAAGAUGGUAAACGCCUUCUGUUUGAAUGUCGUGUUAAUGCUGACCCUUUACCGAAUAUAACUUGGUUUCAUAAUGGCACGCCUGUUAAGGAGACUCCCAGACAUAAGCUUACCAUUGAUAAAGAUGGCCACUCAUAUUUUGCAACACUUGAAAUUCAAAAUGUUACGGUUGAGGAUGCUGGCAAAUACAAAGUGAAUGCAAAAAAUGAGCUGGGCGAAAGCAAUGCAACAAUUAGUCUCAACUUUGACAGCGACGAGGCUCCUGUUCCCGAAAGUUCAGAUGGAAUUAAACCCACAUUUACCGAGCGUCCCGUUAUCCGGCAGAGCGAAGAUGGCGGAAACGUAACAUUUGAAUGUAGAUGCGUUGGAGAUCCCACACCAACGGUGACAUGGUCCCAUGGAGAGACAGUGCUAAGUGAAGGAAAACGCUAUAAAAUGUCACUGACGCUGGAUCAGAAAUUAUAUCACAUGGCGCGCCUAGAGAUAAGUAGCGUAGUCUCCUCUGAUCAGGGCGAGUAUAAAGCUCACGCGAAAAAUAAGCAUGGCUCCGGAGUGGCAACGAUUAAUUUAAAUUUCGAAAGCGGAUCGAAAAAAAUUCCUGAUGGGAAAUCGCCGCGAUUCCCCAAAAAACCAACAAUACGCCAAGAGGAGGACAUUUUGAUAAUGGAAUGCACCCUGGAAGCACAUCCAAUACCGGAUAUAACAUGGUAUUGUUCCGAUAAGCAAAUCUCUGACAACCAGAGAACCAAAAUGAGCCGCAAGGCAAUAACAAAAGAUAGCUACAUCCUUACCCUCGAGAUACAAAAUCCCACAAAAGAUGAUGGCGGCAACUAUCGCUGUAAUGCGAUAAAUAUUUAUGGAGAGAGCAAUGCAAAUAUAGCGCUUAAUUUUCAAGGCGCCAACGACGCAAAUGGUUUUGCUCCAUCGUUCAUUGAAAAGCCGAGGAUUAUUCCAAAUGAGACGGGCACUUUGAUAACUAUGAAGUGCAAAUGCAAAGCAAAGCCAGAACCCAUCGUCACAUGGUAUAGAGGGCAAGAUUUAGUGCAGAAAAGCAAAAAAAUCAAAAUAAACAGUACUGUCAUCGCGGAAGACACCUAUGAACUGACGUUGGAAAUAAAGGAUCCCGGCGCAACAGAUGGGGGAACUUACAGAUGUAAUGUAAAAAACGAAUAUGGCGAAUCAAAUGCGAAUCUCAAUUUAAACAUUGAAGCGGAGCCCGAACCCGAAGGCGAAGGUCCAACAUUUGUUGAAAAGCCUCGCAUUAUAUCUGAAAAUAAUGGCAAGCUGGUCAUCAUGGAGUGCAAAGUGAAGGCCGAUCCAAAACCAGACAUUGUGUGGUUCCGCAACGGGGAGGUUAUCAAAGAAAGCAACAAACUGAAAAUGUCCAUGGAAUCACGUGGCGAUCAUUACUAUAUUAAACUAGAGUUGAUUGAUCCACAGUUGGAAGACUCGGGUCUGUACAAAUGCAACAUUAAGAAUGCAUUGGGUGAACUGAACGCUAAUUUAACGCUCAAUAUUGAAAUUGUGCCUGUUAUAAAAGACAAGCCCAAGAUAAUUAAAAUAAUAAAAAAGCGAACCGUUGUCAUCGAGUGCGUAGUCGCCUCCAAAUUUGAGCCAAAAUGUACCUGGUAUAAGGAAAACAAUACGGUUAGGGAAAGCAAACGCCACGUUUAUCAAGUUGAGAAGACAAAAGAUGGUGAAUUUGCCGUCAAGCUCGAGAUUAACGAGGUCGAGGAUAGUGAUAAGGGCGCCUAUAAACUGGUUGCCAGCAAUGAAAAGGGCGAGGCAGUCUCCCAGGUUGUUAAUCUUGUGGACAUCCCAGAAGAAGAGCGCAAGCCAUGCAAGCCCGAGAUUGCGCGCAAGCUGGUUGACCAAAAGGUCACUGAAUCAAAAACCUUUGAGCUUCUGAUUAGCCUAACGCAAUCAGAUCGUAAGUGUAAGGUUGAGUGGUACAAGAGUAGCACUCUCAUACGCGAGACAAAGGAUAUAACAACAACAUUUGAUGGUACAACGGCGCGGUUAACAUUUAGUAGUGCCAAAGCGGAGCACACAUCAAAUUAUAAAGUUGUUGUGACAAAUGAGGCCGGUAAGGAUGAGUCCACUUGCAAGAUCACGGUAGAAAAGAAGGAUAAAAAGAAGGAUGAGAAAGCUGAGGACAAAGAAGAAGCUGAAAAGAAGCUCAAGCAGGGACCUGCCGAGCAAAUUGGUUUGAAGAAAGUGGAGCGUAAGACCAGUGUUGUAUCUAUUAACGAAGAAUCAAAGUCUGAGGUACGUCGUAAGUCAAUAAUUAAAACAACCGGGGAACUUUCUGAAGGAGCCACAGAGGUUUUAUCUAGGAAGUCAUCAAUAACAGCUGAAGAAAGUAUAUCAGAGUCUCGGCGAUCAUCUGUGGUUGAAAGGAAAGCCUUGGAGCAGAUUGAAAGCAAAAAUAUUGAGGGGAACAAUAAUCCACAAUCUAUUAAUGAAGAAAUUCCAAAGUUGAAGCCAGCUGAAAAAAUUCGUGUUUCAAAGAGUAUAGAAGAGCCAAAGCCGGUAGAAGAGUUUCCAAAGCUGCGGAAAACAUCUAUUACACAACCAAAGGAGGAACAUAAACUAGAGGCUGCAAAGCCAAAAGCUAAAGCAAAACCUAAAGCCAAACCAAAAUAUGAGGAGCUGCCGGAAAUCCCAGAUUACGAGAGACCCACACUCGAAAAAUACGAAAAAUCUGAGUUUACGCCUACAGAUUUUACUAGGGAACUCGAAAUACCAAAUAAAAUGGAGAAACCAGUAAUAGAAACUGCCAAAAAGCCAGCGGAAAUAGUUUUACAAAAGAAUGGCUUGCCAAAGAAAUCGGAAGCAAUCGAAAAACCGGCAGAGGAGCCAAAUAUUCUCAAAAUGGGUAAAGGCAAAUUGCCAGAUGACGAAGAUACUAAAGAUGGCGCCACUCUUAAGCCUGUGAUUGUCGAACCAGAAAAAGACAAAUCAAAAGCAAACGAUGAUACGAAGGAGGCUGUCAAACCAUCUUUGAUGGAUAUAAUUAAGCAACGACGUCGGUCGUCAGUCAGAGCCUUGAUGACCAAGGAACCCAUACGAAACGAGUCCUUCCUCGGUGUAGUCUUGAAACCCGUAACAAAAGAUGCUAAAGAGCAGGUUGCACCCCAACAAGCCAAGCAAUUACAUAAGGCAAAUGCAACGGAAGAAUUUAGUCCCACAAAAGCAUCCAAAGCCCACAUAUCUGACCUGAAAAAACCAGAAGCCAUAGCAACCAUUGUUGACGAUUAUGAGCGGCCCCAGUUAGAAAAAUAUGACCGUAUUGAUAUUGAGACACUUAAACCUGAGAAAUUCACUCCUGUUGUUAAUACCCCGGACCGAAAUCCACCUGAAGUGAAACUAACCGCCACAAAUCAAAAGGAUGACAAGCCGAAGGUACCUAAAAUGCAGCCUCCAGCACCUGGUGAGCCACCAAAGAUAGAGGUGAUACGGGAGAAACGUCCGUCCCUAGCACCGGAGCCUCCAAGUCGACGCGGCUCCCUAGUUCCCCCAGCAGACACAGGUCGUCGGCCAUCGCUUAUCAUUAAUGACGAGAAGAAACUCCGCCCCGGCGAAGUCAUGGAUACACGGUUGUUGAGGCCAGGCGAGGUUGGUGAAGGACAGGUGAGAGUUAGUUGCGUUUGUCGAUUCAUUCGUAGUGUUUUGUUACAUUUAACUUAACAAAAAACAUUUUUU